GGACAGAUUGAGUCGACGGAUGCGACGACUGGUACAGCAGCUGUGGGUGCGCCGAGCUCCUCCGAUAACGGCAUUUCGAAGAGUCAAACCUUGAACGAGGGUGUGCCAGCUGCCAUGGCCACCGCAGCGCCACCAACCAACCCAGCUGCUCAGACAGCUACGAACAGCAAGCAACUGCAGGAAAUACAGCGGCGUUCUCGGCAAGGGUACACGCACCUUGUCGCCGCCCUCAAUGAGGAUCAGCAAGGCCAUUUACAUCAUGCUCGUCAACUCUACACUGAAGGCCUCGUCGAGUAUCUCGCCGCUCUCCAGAUCCCCGUUGAUGCAUCUGAUCCCCACGCGGCUGAGGCCCGUGAGCUGCAGGCCAAAAUUCGCCAAAAUUACGACAAUGCGCGAAACCGUCUUGAUCAACUUGUUGAGCUGUCUGCCGACCAGGCAGGCACAUCCACCCAUACGCUUGGCAGCAAAGGUCAAGGCAAGCAGGGUCGGAUGAGUCCCAACACAAGUCGUCAACAUCAAGCGGUGCCGGCCAUGGUCCCACAUACCGAGCUUCCCUCUUUCAUGCGCAACCGCGCACCCUCGGCGUCCAGCGAUGUAUCCCACCGACGCGUUCUCACUCCCACCAGCGUCACGCCCCGUGCAUCGUCGGCGCCAGCCGUGGAUAAGGCCAAACCCAUAGCUGCCAAACCCCUGGCUGCCAAGCCCAUGGCUGCCAAGCCUGAGCAAGCUCCACCCAAGCAUGACAAUCUUAAGAACAUUGAUCAUAAAAUGGCGCAUCGCAUCCUCAACGAAAUUGUCGACAGCGAUCCCGGCGUUACACUUGACGACAUCAUUGGACUCAAGGAAGCAAAGCAGGCCCUCCAUGAGACUGUGAUUUUGCCCAGCUUACGACCAGACCUCUUCACGGGCCUGCGGAAGCCUGCCAAAGGCAUCUUGCUGGUUGGUCCACCGGGUAACGGCAAAACCAUGUUGGCCAAGAUCGAUUCGCUUCUCAUGGCGCGAAAUAGCGAGGAGCAAGAGUCGUCCCGACGCAUGAAGACGGAGAUUUUCAUCCAGGUCUCGAGCAACCUUUCCAAGACAGAUCUGGUAAAUGUGGCUAAAAUGACUGAUGGUUAUUCCUGUUCCGAUCUGACAGCUUUGGUGCGAGAUGCUGCCAUGGGCCCGAUUCGCGAGCUGGGUGCGCGACUUGCGGAUGUGGCUGCCAGUGAUGUUCGCCCUGUAUUGUUCAAGGACUUUGUGUCGUCCAUGAAGCAGGUGCGACCGAGUGUGCCACGCGAUACCAUCCAGGCACUGGAAGCCUUUGCCCGCGACUAUGCCUACUCUGCAAAUGGCUGA